AUGAGCGGCGGGAGGCUAUCGAUGGCUACUAAGAGUGGAAACACCACGUUCGGAACAAUGGCCGCACGCGGGGCACAGGGAUCAUCAUCAGAAGACAAUGUGCAGCCCUCGCAUGUACAGGCGAGUUCAACGUCCGCACAACAGACUCCCACUAGUCCUCCAAUAGGUCGUCAACAGGCGGCCCGCUUUCAAGACCUCCAAAGAGGUCAAUCUGCCCCCGUAUCACAAUCCAAAAAUGGCGGUACGUCUUCUAAUCGCCAACAAUCUUCCUCUCACGAUUCUCCUCACCAUCGAAAGGACUCUGUGUCAUCAAACGUCUCCUCUAAUGAUGGUCAAACAUCUCCAUAUCAUACACGUCCUCCAUCGCCGCAUCAUCCAAACCAUAGUCAUGGACCUCCCCAUUAUAUGAUGCAUGGACCACGACAUAAUACACAUCAUAAGCAAAACUCCGGGAUGGGUAUGCCUAUGGGCGGUGCCAUGCCCGUCACUGGACAAGGGAUGGGAUCUCAGUAUCGGCCCCCAAGAGAUCAGAAAGGGCCUCCCGGGCCUAUACCACCUAGUCCUCAUUUGAAUCCAGCACCUUCAUCUUUACCCAACACAUCACCGAUUACUAUGCAACCACCACAAACAAUGCCCAUGGUUAUGGGACCGUGGCCAGCUUCCAGUUAUCCACCUAGGCCGUUUGAUCAGUACGCAUAUCAACAUCCUUAUGCUGCUUAUUCAAACACGAUGUAUAUGCCUUACACUACCCAUGUUGCCCGAGCGCCUGUUCCGGGGUACUCACAUCCUUCUAAUGCUCCCCAAUUCGUCACCCCUCCGACCCCUAAUAUAUCAAAAGCAAUUCCUAUAAUCGAUCCAUUGACUCGUGAUGAAGUACGACCUCCACUCGAAAGUCCAAAUACGAAGACGGAUGAUUUACCUUCAAAUUCUGAAACACAAAUUUCAGAAGAUGCUGAUAAAGAACAUCAUCAGAGUCAAGACGCCGAGAAACGAGAUUCAAAGGCAAUACCUAUAGUGAAUCCUGUUGCCAAGGAAGAGCGUGAGAAGAGAGAAAGAGAGGAGCAGGAGCGACGCGAGAAGGAGGAGAAGGAAGAGAAGGAACAGAAGGAGCGGGAGGAGCGGGAGGAGCGGGAAGAGAGAGAAAGGAAAGAGAGAGAAGAACGUGAGAAGAAGGAGAAAGAAGAGCGUGAACAAAAAGAGCGCGAGGAAAAGGAACGUAAAGAGAGGGAAGAAAAGGAACGUAUAGAACGUGAGGAACGUGAAGAGAAGGAACGCAAAGAAAAGGAGGAGAGAGAGCGUAAAGAAAAGGAGGAACGUGAACGUAAAGAUCGUGAGGAGCAGGAACGUAAAGAACGCGAGGAAAGAGAACGCAAAGAACGUGAAGAACGUGAACUUAAAGAGCGCGAAGAAAAGGAGCGCAAAGAAAGGGAGGAACGUGAGGAAAGGGAACGCAAAGAAAAGGAGGAGCGUGAGGAAAGGGAACGCAAACAAAAGGAGGAGCGUGAUCGUAAAGAACGCGAAGAGAGAGAACGUAAAGAACGUGAACUUAAAGAGCGCGAAGAAAAGGAGCGCAAAGAAAGGGAGCGCAAAGAAAGGGAGGAACGUGAGCGUAAAGAACGUGAACGUGAAGAAAAGGAACAAAAGGAACGUAAGGAGCGUGAGGAGCGUGAGCGUAAGGAAAGAGAAGAUCAAGAACGCAAAGAACGGGAAGAACUAGAGCUUAAAGAGCGUGAACGGAAACAACGUGAGGAGGAACGUAAGAAGCAAGAGGAAGCAAAAAGUAAAACUACCGCAGAGGAAACUGAUAAAAAAAAUCAGCAGGAACCUAAACCAAAUACUACUGACCUUGACAGAGAACCCAGUGAAAGAAAGGACACUAAAGAAGAGAGAAAACAAAAAGGUCAUCGACCGGCCAAUUUAGAUUUAUCAAGAACAACGUCAGCAUCGGUGCCUAGUGCACCUCCCAGCGCACUAGGUAGCGCACGAAAAAUAGAAGACCUUAAUGCUGUAACCUAUCCACCAAAUAUUAAAUCACCCGAUCCCACGUUAAAUCAAGAUGCCCAACCAGGAAAAUACAAAUAUGACCGUUCAUUCUUGAUGCAGUUCAUGAGUUUUUGUAAAGAGAAACCGGAUAAUUUACCACACUUGGAUGCAAUAGGUGUUGAAGACCCGAAAGAAAACAAGAAACAUCGUAUCAGUGGAUCUAAUCAACGGGGUCUUUCACAUAAGACUUCUCCUGCGCAGUCUAGCUAUCCACAGCCUCCGAUGGGCAAAUUUGAAAAACAACCCAGUACGAGCGAAGAGCGUUUUAUGCGAUCAAAUAUGCAAACCAGAUAUAGUAAUUCCGGGAUUGGUCCAAGAACGGCAAGCGGAAAUCCAUUGUUACCACCUCUAGCGAUAAACGCAGCCCAAAAUUCGCAGGGCCCUCGAACGCCUAGUAAUAGUGGUCGUGGGGGACGAGAGGGAGAUAGGAGGUCUAAGCGUGGACAUCAGCAAGUUGGUGGACCGACAAUACCAAUGGAAAUGGUCACUCCUCUUGAGAGAUCCGAAAACAGAUGGGUAUCUAUGUCAGUUACCGGAGAGAUUCCCAAGGCUGGCGAAGAGAUGAUCCCCGCUGAGACGCUACAGAGAAAAAUCAAAGCUCUGCUCAACAAGUUGACAUUGGAGAAAUUUGAGACUAUAUCUGAUCACAUUAUCGAGUUUGCAAAUAAAUCAAAAGACGAGCGUGAUGGGAGAAUAUUAAAGACAGUUAUUCAGCUUACCUUUGAGAAAGCUUGUGAUGAACCCAAUUUUAGUCAGAUGUAUGCGCAACUCUGUCGGAAGAUGAUGGAGCGCAUUGAUAUGGAUAUUUUUGAUGAGAAUAUUAAGAAUGCAUCAGAUGAAUAUGUGCGCGGUGGUACGUUGUUCAGGAAAUACCUACUUAACAGAUGUCAGGAGGACUUUGAAAAGGGUUGGAAAGUUAAUAUGCCAAUACCAAAUAAUGAGAAGGGAGAGCCUGACUUGUUGUCUGAUGAAUAUUACAUUGCUGCUAAAGCUAAAAGACAUGGACUGGGUUUGAUUAAGUUUAUUGGAGAGUUAUUCAAAUUGCAUAUGUUGACUGAGCGUAUUAUGCAUGAGUGUAUAAAGAAACUAUUAGCUAAUCAUCAAGACCCAGAAGAAGAGGAAACUGAAUCUCUGUGUAAAUUGCUUACGACAGUUGGAAAACAACUGGAUCAUCCGAAAGCAAAGGAUCAUAUGGACGCUUACUUUGUUCGUAUGGAUAGUAUGAGCAAGAAUACAAAACUUAACAGUCGUAUAAGGUUUAUGCUUAUGGACGUAAUUGAACUCAGAAAACGGAGUUGGGUACCACGCCAUGAUACCAACGCACCCAAGACGAUUGCAGAGAUUCAUGAAGCUGCUGCCAAACAAAAAGAAGAAGCCGAACUUCUUCGACGCUCAGCGAGUACUAGUGGUGGUCGAAAUAUGCCUAGGAUAGCCGAACAAUUGUCUCGUGGCGGCUCUGGCAGGCGCGAUGGCCGCGAUAAGGGUGGUAUGCAACACGGCAUGCAACAAAUGUCAGACGGAUGGAACACUGUUGGCCCCUCAUCAACCCGUAAAGUCGAUCUCACAAGAUUCGGACAAGUGCGUAGCACCAAGAUUAGCGGCACCAAUAUGAAUCUCGCUCCGGGUAGUGGUACAAUUGCAAGAUUGGCAAGUGGCUCGAAAGGCUGGCCAACCGAUAACAAAGAUCGUGAUGAGAAGGGCUCUAGUAUGAGCAGAACACACUCAACGUCUAACAAUACUUAUAGCGUUCUAUUAAAUAGCGACCAAGAAGGCCGAAAAAGUAUGGAUGGAUCUUCGAACGAGCCGGCGUCAAACCCACCGGAAAGACAGAAGCUAGUUGUUCUUGCGCGAGGUAGUACUUUGAAAACUGAUGGAUCACCUAAGCCCGUUGAGAACAAAUGGCAAUCGAACAAGAGUAGCGGUGUGGUUAAGUCCACAUCAAUGUCUCAGGAAGAAGCCAAGAAAAAGAUUAAAGCCAUGGUUGACGAAUAUUGGUCAGUGAGAGACAAAAAGGAAGUUGCCGUAUGUAUCAAAGAACUUCCUGUCAGAUAUUUUGGGGAUGCAAUCCGAGAGUUUAUCGAAUCGGCGCUUGACAAGAAACCAUCCGAUGUUUCGAAUUGUGCCGACCUUCUCAAGGAACUUCGGAAGCAAUCUGCAAUAUGUUCAGCAGAUUGCAAGAAAGCGUUUACUAAUAUUAUGGACAAUUUAGACGAUAUUGGAAUUGAUGUUCCCCAAGCUUAUGCACACACUGGACAAUUGUUACACGGCGCUCAGAUGGAGGUGCAUGAAGUGGCUGAAUUGAUACGACCGCUAACUGACAUAGGAGGGAGUGAACCACCCUCGGCAAAGGUUGUGGCAGCAUAUCUAAAUUCAAUAAAAGCUUCUAUGGGCGAACAGAUGGUAAUCCGUAAAGUCAAACAUGAUAACUUUGAUUUCGCCUCGCUCUUCCCUGACGAUAAUAAAGAUGCUUUAAAUAGAUUUUUGGAAAAACAGGGGUUGGACAUAUUAAAAAAGUAA